UUACAGCACUACCACCAGAAGAAAUUCUAUUAACAAAAAAAAAUAAAAGCAUUUCUCGUUGGUAUACUUGGAAUUGUAUUUAUUGCAUUAAUAGAACAACUUUAGGAAACCAUGACAACGCUGUGCUAAGCAAAAGUGAAACAUUCGAUUUGAUCAGAGAAAGAAAAAGUGUCAAUUGCAAAAUGUUUAUUUUGGACAAAAUACUGCCGUUUAUAUUUAGCUAUAUACGACCAUGUAUCAAAUGGUUCCUGCACGUCUUCACCCGCCUUUCCGAGCUGCAACGCAUCUGCUAUGGGGCAAGAGCGGGCGCGCCGCGAUGCCGCCAAAUCGAGGCAUCCUUGAUGCAAUCGAAUCAGCCCGAAAUCAAGGGAUUGCUCCUCGAACUAGACGAGGGAGCGCCCUAUGCCACAGACAGAGAGCUGCUCUACUUCGCACCCCGAGCCGUUCACAUCGUGUCCCGCGUGAAGCGCAUCAAGAGCAAUGUGCAUCCGGAUUUUGGGCGGCUUUUUGGUAAUUGUGUGACGACCAUUUGGGGCUAUCAGCGCCUCAUGCAUCAGGUGGAGGAACUGCGCUCCGAGGCCUACGACUCGGAGAAUCUGGAACAUGAGCAGAAGCUGCUACAAUUGUGGCAACUCCUAAUGCCGGAAACCCCGCUAACGGGUCGCAUUUCCAAGCAGUGGCAAGAGAUCGGUUUCCAGGGCGAUGAUCCCAAGACCGAUUUCCGUGGCAUGGGCAUGCUGGGCCUGGACAAUCUCUUGUAUUUCGCGAGCGCCUACAACGAUGCAGCGAAGCAUGUUCUGCUACACUCGAUGCAUCCAACACUAGGCUACACCUAUGCCAUUGUGGGCAUCAAUCUCACCGCCCUGGCAUACAAUCUGCUGCGCACGGGUGCGGCGAAGACGCACUUCUACAAUCAGGUGGCGCAGCACAAGCAGAGCUUCAGCACCCUGGAGGAUUUCCACAAGCUGUAUUGCUAUCUGUUCUUUGAGUUCGAUCGCUUCUGGAUGGAGAGCUCGCCAAGGAAUAUUAUGGACUUCCGGGAGGUGUAUCAGGCCUUCGAGAUCACCAAACUGGAGGCGCUGCACAAUGAGAGCACAAUAUUCAAAACGAAUUUGGUUGUUGAGUCCGUCUAAUUAUAAUUAUUAAUAUUAUCGUAAUUGUGAUUUAGAAUUGAUUUUGGUUUUUUUAUAAAUGCAGAUUUGAUGCGUUUAUUUGAGAGAGCUAUAUUAUAUAUAUAGUAUAUAUAUGUAUGUAUGUAUGUAUGUUUAAUAUGUAUAUUUUAUAUAUUAUAAAAGCAACUAAAAAUGAAAUAUAUAUAU